UGACGCUCAGCCCCCCACGCCUCCAGUUACAUCUCUGGCAGGGGAAAACAAUUCUCAGCUUCUCUUUCCAGGGUUAUUUUGGGCUGGGGCAAAGCUCUGGCAAGCCCCUGGUGUCCUUGUUCAAAAGGAGGAGCCAGUUCGCCGCCCAGCGCGCAGUGGAGGGAGGAGCCCCGGGGUCUCCUCUGCUCCCGGCUAAGUUUCCCGAGCAGUGUUUGAGGCGAGAGUCCGCCGAGCUCGGGCCGGGGCAGGGCGAGCCCGAGGCGGCGGGGGCGGCGCUCGCUGCCGUGGAGCUGAGGCGAGGCGAGCCCCGCUCCGGAGGCAGGCGGCCGCGGGGCUGGAUUAACUCUCGGCGGCCGGUUCCGUGCGGACGCGAGGGGACUGGGAGCCGCUGGGGGGGCGGCCGCGGCAGCGAUGGAGGGGAGCCCCAUCCCGGUGCUCACGGUGCAGACCGCCCCCUACCAGGACCAGAAGCCGACGGGCGGCGGGGGGCUGCGGCGGCCCACGGGGCUCUUCGAGAGCCAGCGCAACUACCUGCCCAACUUCGUGCAGAGCCUGCUCUCCUCCAUCGACCUGCGCGACCGCCAGGGCUGCACCAUGGUGGUGGGGAGCGACGGCAGGUACUUCAGCCGGACCGCCACCGAGAUCGUCGUGCAGAUGGCCGCGGCCAACGGGAUUGGAAGACUGGUUAUUGGCCAGAAUGGCAUCUUAUCCACACCUGCUGUUUCAUGUAUUAUCCGAAAGAUCAAAGCAGCUGGCGGAAUUAUUCUAACAGCUAGUCACAGUCCUGGAGGACCUGGAGGAGAAUUUGGAGUCAAGUUUAAUGUUUCCAAUGGAGGACCUGCCCCAGAUGCUGUUUCAGACAAAAUCUAUCAGAUCAGCAAAACCCUUGAGGAAUAUGCCAUUUGUCCCGAUCUCAGAGUUGACUUAUCUCGGCUGGGAAGACAAGAAUUUGAUCUGGAGAACAAAUUCAAACCUUUCCGAGUUGAAAUAGUGGAUUCAGUGGAUAUCUACCUCAAUCUUCUUCGAACUAUCUUUGACUUUAACAUGAUCAGAAGCUUGCUGACUGGACCCAAUCAGCUUAAGAUAAGAAUCGAUGCCAUGAAUGGAGUUAUGGGACCCUAUGUAAGGAGAGUCCUGUGUGACGAAUUAGGAGCUCCUGCAAAUUCUGCAAUAAACUGUAUUCCUCUGGAAGAUUUUGGUGGGCAACUUCCUGACCCAAACUUAACAUACGCAACUACCCUGCUGGAGGCUAUGAAAGGAGGAGAAUAUGGAUUUGGAGCUGCUUUUGAUGCUGAUGGAGACCGCUAUAUGAUCCUAGGUCAAAAUGGUUUCUUCGUGAACCCUUCUGAUUCACUGGCAGUUAUUGCUGCCAAUCUUUCUUGCAUUCCAUAUUUCCGUCAGAUGGGUGUUCGAGGGUUCGGUAGAAGCAUGCCUACCAGCACAGCACUGGACAGGGUGGCAAAGUCACUGAAAGUCCCUGUGUAUGAAACACCAACAGGCUGGAGGUUUUUCUCAAAUCUGAUGGAUUCUGGACGAUGCUCACUUUGUGGAGAAGAAAGCUUUGGCACCGGGUCUGACCACAUCCGAGAGAAGGAUGGGCUCUGGGCUGUGCUAGUCUGGCUUUCAAUCAUAGCAGCUCGAAAGCAGAGUGUGGAAGAGAUUGUCAGAGAUCACUGGACAAAAUUUGGCCGCCACUACUAUUGCAGAUUUGAUUAUGAAGCAUUGGAACCCAGAACAGCGUAUUUCAUAAUGAGAGACCUGGAGGCUUUGAUCAUUGACAAAUCAUUCAGUAAUCAGCAGUUUGCUGUUGGGAACAAUGUCUACCGUGUGGAAAAAACAGACAGCUUUGAAUAUGUGGAUCCUGUAGAUGGCACUGUGACCAAAAGACAGGGACUGCGAAUUAUUUUCUCAGAUGCUUCAAGGCUCAUCUUCAGACUUAGUGCUUCUAGCAGCGUGCGAGCUACCCUCAGGAUCUAUGCAGAAAGCUAUGAAAAGGAUCCCAGCAAACAUGACAAGGAGACACAGGCUGUGCUGAGUCCUCUCAUAGCCAUUGCAUUGAAAAUAUCUCAGAUCCAUGAGAGGACAGGGCGGAAGGGACCCACUGUCAUCACCUGAAUCUACAAAGGAUCAUUAACCCAGGGCCAAAAGAGAGAGGACAAGGAAGAGAGAUGACCUGGCUAAAACAUGUUAGCUGUUUGUGCCUUGUAAGGCUUUAAAAGUUUUUGGGGGUGGGAAGAAAAAUUCAGUAUAAUGUUGACCAUAUUCAGUUGCAUUAAUCACCAAAGACAAUAGUGUACUGACUUCUGUGUUAUAGCGACUAUCUUUUUGUCCAAAAAAAAAAAACCAAAGAAAAAGCCCUCAACCCUUGAACGUUGCAAAAUGCCAGUGUGACAGAAAGGGCUGACCUUUGUAUUUUCUUUACCCUUCGAGUGUUAUGAUAAAGUAAGAAGAAUUUUGGACUUGGGAAGAAGGCGGAAAUGGACUACAAUGCAACCAUGUGUUUUGGUGAAUACAGUUUGUGGUUCUUGUCAGCUUCUUGUUGGUUUAGAAAGAAAUCAUCAGCCUGUCUGAGGUACAGGGGCAGUAUAUUAGUUUUUGCAAAGGGUGCAUUUGCAUACUCCAUUUGUUCCUUUCCCAUCUACACCCUUAGCCAGCACGCACGUCCACAGCAGCAGUAGAACUGUGCACACAUACUUGCACACACUCCCAAUGAAAGAUGCCAGUGCUUCCUUUUUUUCGGUUUAGAAGUGUAGCAGUGGGACUCAUGUCUCUCUCUAGGUUUCCCUGAACUUGACUCUUCCUUUUUUUUAAAGGAGGGUUAUUAUUUUUAUUGAAGCCAAAAUAUGAUUAAUGUUUUAGUCACGGGGGCCUCAGUUGUCUUUUGCAAUAUCCCUCCUGUUCAUAAGCAUGUCCUGGUGGUGCUUAGUGGGCUUGGAGAGCAACUGUUGCAAAUUCAGCAUAAAUGCGUUAUCAUAGAAAGAUUUUAAAAUCUAUCUCUUCAGAUACAUGCCUAUGUUCCACUUGUCAGGAAUGGAUGUAAUACAGAAGAGGGAAUGAAUUAAAUGAAAUACUUGACUGAUUCACUAGUUGGGCUCAGAGUCUGUUAGAUUCUUUAAAGUAGAGAUCAUAGGAUAAAGAGCCGGAGAAUAGAAAGGACUUGACAUGAAUCAGAGAAGCAUAUGUACACUUGUGGGUUUUUUUGCUUGUGAAAUGCUGCUGCAGCUCUAGCUAUCGUUCAUUGCUUUGUACUGAACAAGAACACAAACACUUUGUGCAUGUGACUUGUUUGAAUGUUUUGCUUCCUUGGGAACAGCGUGUGGUCACUUGUCAUAUCAUUUGUCGAGUUGGCUUUGUGCAAUUUGACACUUUGCAGCAUGUACUAUUCAUAUUGCAACUCAUCAAGAUUUCAAUGCAAUUUAGAUAAUAUUGCAGUGAAGGAAAUUGCUUUGGUUUCUUUUGACACUUCUGUCAAAAAUUGCUAUGACAUUUAGUAUCUAAUAAAGUGGAUUGCUAUAUUUCUGUCUUAAUACCUAAUUGUUGACAAAACACACUGGGCUUUCAUCCAUUCUAAUAAAACCGCCUUUAAUAGAAUUACAUUAUCUACUUAAUUGAUUCUAAAUAAAUAAGACACUGAUGUUUCCACACAAUAUCUUAGUACAGUAUUAUUUAAUAUUUGUAUAAGUCAAAAGAGAUUCCGUGGCUUGAAUUCAUUUUAUAAAGGAUUGUGGAAGGCAUCAGAAGGUCCCUGCAUCUUCACCACAAUUUGGUUGUCCAAAUUUAAAUGUACUCUUCUUUAAAGAGGGCAGUGCUUCAUAUAGGGCAAACUCGUCCACUGUUGUUUUAGAUCAUUCAGACUUGUGCACAUGUGCAGAAUUGGCCUAGACUGUGGGAGAAAUUUCCUUUCAAAAUGCUAAACCACUCAGCUCGUCAUAUUUUGGCAAAUCCUACUGAAAAUGGGCCAACCAAGAAUUUGAAAAGUUCUUAUUGUUAUAAGAUCUCAGAUGAUUAAAUAAUCUUUGACCUGAUCACCUGACAGAGGUGAGUUUGAAUACUAAUUUAGGUUUCCCAUUGUCUUAGCCUCUGAAGACUGGGAUUGCUGAUAACAUGAUGUACUGUACCCACCCACUAUGAAAGAGACAGGGAAAAGCCUCAUGCUAAACUGCCACUGACCAUAUCCAGAAAAUACUCCAGCCAGACUUCUCCAUUCUAGGAAAGGCGUGACAGCAUUAGCCACAGUAGGUGGCAGUCAGGAUUUAGGAAAAAAUGAAGCAGAAUUGGAAAGUUCUCAAAGGGUAAAUACUGGGUCUAAUUUUGCAUUGUGUUAUACUAGUAAUGGAGUUGCACUGAUGUAAAACUGGGGUAAUGCACUUGAGAAUAGGAUGAUCUCUGUGUGUGAUUUUGAAUAGUUAUCUUGUAAAACUGUUACCAUCCUCACACAAAACCUACUCCCUGGUCCUUUGUAAUACUGAUUGAUGAGAAUGAUAAAACUGAUUAUUAAUACAAUUGAUAUUGUCCACCCAAAAAAUUGUCAUGUGCAAGAUGACGAGUAAAACUUUGCCAGGCUGA